AUGAAUGACGUAGAAUUCAAGCGACAUACACACGUGUGGAAGCCUGGUGGAAGCAGUAGAGACGAGAUGGCUACCACCGACAGGCUGCAGUUCCAUGAAAUGGGCUUAGACGAUCGCAUUUUAAAGGUAGAUGUUAUUCUCUCCUAUGAAAAUAUGAGGAUAAAUUAAUUGUUGAACUGCAUUACCUCAAUUGUGAUAUAAAACUGACAGAACCAUACGUCAGUAGACACGGAACGCUGCUAAGAUAGCUAACCUACCUCGCUAAUGUUAGCUAACUGUUAGCUAGCAUGUGAAAGUGUUUACUUUGGUGUCAAUCUGUCUGGAUAUUAACUUAUUCAAGAUUAAAUGGGACGUAUAAUUGACCUAGUUAGCUAUGUAACUAAGUUAGUUCGAUAUGUAGCUAGUUAUCUAGAUGUUAUUUAAAUAAUCACAUUCAAUAAAUUGUCAUGAUGAAUAUUUCAGAAAUAAACGAAUGAGAUUAUAUAACGUCACUUGUGCUGAUAUGAUUUCGUAGCUAGUAAGCUAACCAACACACUUAUUUUUUCACACACCUAGGCGCUGGCGGACUUGGGCUGGGCUCAGCCCACAUUGAUCCAGGAGAAAGCCAUCCCUCUGGCUCUGGAAGGCAAGGACCUUCUAGCCCGCGCCAGGACUGGCUCAGGGAAAACAGCUGCUUAUGCCGUGCCAGUCAUCCAGCGCAUCUUGACAUCCAAACAAGUGAGAAGUAGUAGUAGCAGCAAAGGCCAUAUCAAGGGGCUUAUAACAUUAGACCAGAGGUGUCAAACUCAUUGGAUGGAGGGUGGUGUGUCUGUCUAAACAUCACUGUUACCAUGGUUACUCCAUGGCUAUCAGUCUGAAAGAAGCCGUAAAAAAAAUAUGUAAUAGUUUCUAUAAACCAGAAUGUUGAAUACAAUUAUAUUUAAAUGUACUUUACUGGUUGUCUGUGCUGUUGGUAAAUUUUUAUCCACAGGAAAGUGUUGUUUACCUAACUUUUUGCAGUGCCUGUAGGUUCUUGCUUGUAUUUACAAUCUCCUGACACGUUUCACUUGACGCACAAUAACUGCAUGUAACUGAACGUUGUUGACCAAAGCGCGUUCCUUUGCAAUCAUCUGGAGGUGCUUGUGAAAUUUGCCAGCUGAUUGCAUGGGACAACAUUUGGUCUGUGCUUCAGUUAAACUUGGCAAUCGUUGACAUAUUGUGCAAGUCAAGUGCAAAUUGCGUUUGCAUUGAAAAUACAAACCGGAAAUACAAACUGAUAUACAGACUAGCAUACUGAAAGUAGUGUUAAUAACACUACUCUCUGGAUAUUUUGUCUCAAAUUACCUCCUACAUAAGGACAAAAUCAGAGAACAACAGGUCAUGUACGUUCAAAUGAAGUCUGACUUGUUAUGGGACUGUUCACAAAAAGUGAGCCUACACGUUAGAGUUUUCCACUCUCGGAUUCAUAGAGGCGGGAGUGUCCAAUUAAGACCUGAACAACCAGGUGAGUGGAGUUCCUAUCUAACCAGUGACCUUAAUUUAUCAAUCUUUGAUCAAUCAAGUACAAGGGAGGAGUGGAAACCCAAAGACACUCUGAGUUGGCCCUCCAUGGAAUGAGUUUGACACCUGUGCGUUAGACCAUCUCUGGUAGUAGUGGCAUAGCCCUUCAAUUGGGCUAAGACUAAGCAGUAGUAAUCUUAGUAGUAGGUGAUGUAGCGAGGGGAACAGCUUGAACCUUGCGUGUGUGUGUGUUCUCUCCAGAAUGUCCGUGAGCAGGCAGUGAGAGCGUUGAUCCUGGUUCCUACCAAGGAGCUGGGGCAGCAGGUACAGGCCAUGAUCCGCCAGCUGACUGCCUACUGUGCCAGGGACGUAAGGGUGGCAGACAUCUCCGGCAAGGCUGACCUGUCUGCCCAGAGGUCAGUUUGCUCAACUGUCAUCAUCUAACAUAUAUUGUUACAGAAUACAUUGUUCUGGUCUGCGUAUUAAAGCCUGGGAAGAAGGAUGUGUUUUCUUUAUGCUUGUGUGUGUGCCUGCACCUACUAAUAAGUGUGUGUGUAUCAAUACAGGCCCAUCCUGAUGGAGAAGCCAGACGUGGUAGUGGGGACCCCCUCUAGGGUGCUGGCCCACCUCAGUGCCCAGAGCCUAGACCUGCAGGCCUCCCUGGAGACCCUGGUCAUAGAUGAGGCUGACCUGCUCUUCUCCUUCGGCUUUGAGGCCGACCUCAAGAGCCUGCUGUGGUAAGACGGCGAGACGUACACACACUGGUAGUGUCACUAAUCUAUAAUGGACUAUAAUGGAGUAGUGUGAGUGGUUAUGUUGAAAUGUGCUAGGUUUCCAUCCAAUUGGCGAAAUAUUUAUGUCAAUAUUCUAAAAUCAAUAUGCUCAUUUUCCCACCAUAGAUGUUUCCAUUAAAUUGACUUGUUGCGGAUAAAAGGCUGUGCGUGAUGACGUAGUGCACAUAAAAAUAACUUUUCCGGUUAAAUUCCCUUGUACCGACCAAAACAUACAAGUUACAUGGCUAUCCAUGGCAUUUUUAACUCUACUGAUGGUUUUGUCACAACACAUGUUGCAUUGUAUAGCAAAUGUACCCACUCUGGUCUUGGCAGGUGCGCUCUAGCCAAUAGCUUGCACAUACAGUGGGGGUAGGCUACCUACAUGAUGAGAUUAUUAUGGAUAAGAGCUAGAUUAUUUGUAUUUGUCAAAUGGCAGCCAAUCAUGCCAUCAGAAUAACACCGUCAAUAUUAAUUUGAAAGGAGCAUCAACCUUAUCACCGUGCACUUUCACCACCCUGUGAAGUUCAUCAUAAAUUAUUUAAUCUGUAGCCUAAUAAACUGCAUGCUGUCCCGAGUCGUAGUGGGAAGACCACACACCAUAUCAUUGCGUGACUCCGAGUUAACUUCGAUAUGAUGGUUAUUAUAUCAAUAUUUGCGCAUAAAUGGGUUUCCAUUGCAAUUUCUCGCAUAAUUAUUUUUACAGAAACAAAAAGAUCCCGCCUAGCCUAGGGUAAUUUUGUUUUGUCGCCAUUUGGAAAGUUGACAAAUGUCCUGUUUCCAUCAGGCCGGUCGUGACAUUGACUUUACUUGCUUAAAAAGGUUGGAUGGAAACCUGGUUAGAGGGAGUGUCCCUUUCCCAUGUACCUUUUUGUAAAUUUGUGUGUGUCAUUCCGUCAGCCACCUGCCAAAGAUCUACCAGUCCUUCCUGAUGUCAGCUACUCUCAGUGAGGAUGUUCAGGCCCUGAAGGAGCUGCUGCUGCACAAUCCUGUAAGACACACACAAGAGUAGUGCUCUUUUUAGUUUUCCUUUUCAAACCAUUUUUCUACAGUGUGCCCUACUGAACACAGCCCUGCUUUAAUAGUAUAUUUUCUGUAGGAAUUCCUCUCAUACAGUAUGUGUGUGUCCUAGGUGAUUCUAAAGCUGCAGGGCUCCCAGCUGCCAGACAGCUCCCAGCUGCAGCAGUACAGUGUUCAGUGUGAGGAGGAGGAAAAGUUCCUGCUCAUCUACACCCUGUUGAAACUGCGCCUGGUUCAGGGCAAGACCCUGGUGUUUGUUGGGGCAGUGGAAAGGUGCUACAGACUCAAACUGUUCCUGGAACAGUUCAGCAUCCCUGCCUGUGUACUCAACUCUGAGCUGCCUGUCCACUCCAGGUGAGGAGAGAGGGUGGGAAGGAAGGAUGUGGGUGUUGAUGGAUAAAUAGAUGGAUGUCAAUCAAAAUCUGAACACUCUUUCUUUGUCCUGCUCUCUCUCCCUCUCCUCAGAUGUCACAUCAUCACCCAGUUUAACCAGGGGUUCUAUGAUUACAUCAUCGCCACAGACGAGCAGGUAUUGGCUGAUCCCACCACCUCAGCGCAGGCCGCCGAGGGGAAAGGGAAGAAGAAGAAGAAGAAGAAGAAGAAGAAUGCAGGGUAAGCAGGGAGGUAUGGGAUACUGCAGCAUACAAUUUAGUCAUUUAGCAUUUGGUCAUUUUAGAUACUUAUCCAGUUGAAAUGAUACUGUUUGUGCCCAGUUGGACUGAAGCUGUUCAUUGUAGCAGAGAAGGAGCCACUCAGUUAGGAAGCUGUUCUUCAACUCUGCAAUAAUGCAGGGGUGUAAUCAUUACUGCACACCGUAGCAAAAUGUUUCGCAAUGGAAAACGUUUUGCAACGAAAACAAAGAGUUUCUAUUGGACAAAUUCAGUUAGGUCCCUCCCCAUUUGGUUUGGUUCAUAGUUAAUACACCCCAGGUGAUGGUACAAUGACCCUUGACCUCACUCCUGACCCCCACAGAGUCAAAGACAAGGAGUACGGCGUCUCCAGAGGAAUCGACUUCCAGAAUGUCUCCAACGUCAUCAACUUUGACUUCCCCACCACCGUGGAGUCCUACAUCCACCGCGUUGGACGGUCAGUGUCAACAUAACAGAAUACCAUUUUAUUGCCAGUUGAAGAUGGAAACAAGCCUUGGGCUGCACCUCUAAAAAUAACACCGGAAGGUUGCAUCUCAAAUCACACCCUAUUCCUCCUGUAGUGCACUACUUUUGACCAGAGCUCUAGAAGAGGGUGUCAUUAGAAAUUUGCCCCUGAGCUCUCGGCUCAAAGGAUAAAGCUCAACAAUUCAACCUCUCCUUCUUCUUCUGUAGAACGGCACGAGCAGACAACCCAGGCACCGCUCUCACCUUCAUCUCACACACAGAGCUCCCCCUACUGGCAGAGGUGGAGGAUGCACUCAGAGGAGGUACGCUGAGGCACUGUUUGUUUCUAUCUGAUGUAGUCUGUGUUUGUGACAGACCUAUUCUCUGUGUGGAUGUAAUGGUAGUCUCUGUGUGUUUCAGAUAACGCUGAGUGUGCUCUGAAGCCGUACGGGUUUAAGAUGGAGGAGAUCGAGGGCUUCAGAUACCGCUGUCGGGUACGUUCAGUACACCUGUGAUGUUAUAGCACACCUGUUCACCUCUCACUAGAGGGCUGCGGGUCCCAACAGAGAUCGUUGCGGCGCGGUCGGGAUUUUUCAUUCUGCGGUUGGGAGCAGGCGGUCAGACAGACAACUUUGGAAACGGUCGUCUUUCUGCUUUGUAUGAGAUAGCCUACCUAUUGUAUUACAAGCACAUUUUUGUAGCAUUAUUCGCACACACUCAGAAUUCGCUGCUUAGGUUAUGUAGCCUUCCUCUCCUAGUUGGGCGUGCGAGAUCAAGUGCGCCUAGUAUAUGUGUGGUCUCAAUGAAAGAGAGUAGGCUUCCAUUUGCAUGGGUGGAGAAUCACGUGGCAGUUAUCUUUCCAAGGAAAUGUCGUUAAAUAUGAUUAGACUGUAGUUUACUACAGUGUCUGUAAAUAAAUAUUGAUAAUGGAAAGAAGUGGAGGGUGCUCAACCAACGUGAGUGGAGGUGCAAUCCAAAAAUUGCAUAAUGGAAAAGGCGCAACACGUGCAUAUAGGAUACCAUGGUGAGCGACGCACCUUUUCAUUUUCAUACAAAUGACCCAUUUGUCUCUGCCUGCAAAUCGUCCUCCUAAAAGUUAGCCUAUAACCUAGAGGACUAUGCAAAACGUAGCAAGUGUCGCUGUCAUCAUUAUUGCUGCUUCCAGUUCAGUAGCUGCGAGAUCAGGUGCGCGUGAGGUCUCAAUUAAAUAGAGUACCGUAAUUUUCGGACUAUAAGCCCGCUUUUUUCCAAUUUUUCGACCCUGCGGCUUAUAUAACGGUGCGGCUAAUCUAUGGAUUUUUACAGCUAACGGCCACUAGAAGACCUCCUAAAUCUAUGGAUUUUACAGGUUACAGUCCACCAACUUUAACUCUAUGGGCUCUAUGACCGGUCCGCGCCCCCCACCUUUAAGCGGCGGGCUCCAGCAGGAAAAGCUGGAGGCCGGAAAAGAGUGAGACAGGUAGCGCGUAAAAGUGGAACCGAGAGUGGUACGAGAGACAGAACGAGAGCAAGACAGACAGACAUUACGAGAGCGAGACAGUUUGUCUCUUUCCCGACAAUCCCCUCUGUGCACGAACCCUUACAUAUGGUAAUUAAACAUUAAAACACCUGCGGUUUAUAGUCCAGUGCGGCUUAUAUAUGGACACAUCAUUCAAUUUAGCUGCUGCGGCUUAUACUCCGGUGCGCCUUAUAGUGCGGAAAAUACGGUAGACUAUAGCCUAUGGAUGGGCGGAGAAGCACGGAGCAGUUAUCUUUCCAAGGAAGUGUACUUCCUAAAUAUGAUUAGGCUAUAGUUUAAUACAUUGCCUAGAAAUAAAUAUUGAUCACCCAUAUUUGUCUCCGUCUGAUAAUCGUCCUGCUCCUAAAAGGUAGGCUAUAAAACGUAGCUCAAGAGAAAGUGCAAGUCUCCAACUCUGCUCUCUCCAAACAAUGUCUAGCCUAAUGGCUGAUAUAGCCCAGUAAUACCGAUAGCCUAAUAUACUGGGCCAUGUGAGAAUGUCUGGUAAUUUAACCUAUUACUUAAGUUAUUUUAGUGCAUUUUGAUAUUGCCUAUAGUACGCAAAAUUGCAGUGACCAUGGCUGGCGAGUGAGCUGCGUCACAUUACCCUAAAAUAACAUUGCGGGACUGCGGUUGGGUUCGGGACCAGUUCUUGACGGUAGCGGGUGGGAGUCGGACAGAAAGACAGCGGGUGUGGGCAGGUGCGGUAUGAAAAGCUGUGGGCGGGAGCUGGAUGAAUAAAUCAGUCCCGCGCAGACCUCUACUUCACACCAGGUAGUAUAUGAGUUUGGAUUUUGUAUGAAUAAAUGUGUGUGUUUGUAGGAUGCCAUGCGGUCGGUAACUAAGCAGGCGGUGAGGGAGGCCAGACUGAAAGAGAUCAAACAGGAGCUGCUCAACUCAGAGAAACUCAAGGUGAGUGGGCUUCUCUCUCUCUCCUUCUCCACUUUCUGGUUCUCUUCCUUUUCCAUGGCACUGAUUGGUCAGUUGUUCUGUCACUCAGACGUACUUUGAGGACAACCCCCGAGACCUGCAGCUGCUGAGGCAUGAUAAAGACCUGCACCCUGCUGUCAUCAAACCACACCUGAAGAACGUACCAGAAUACCUCAGUAAGACACACACACACUGCUUAGUGACCUCUCUCUUAUCAAUAAUGGUUUUCAACCUUACACUCAGAUUAUGGUAAAUGUAAACAAUUUCUCAUUGGCCGUUUCAGUCCCUCCGACGCUGAGGGGAGUGGCCAACCCAAUGUCCGGCAGGAAGAGGAGGAGGAGAGAGAAGCCCAAACCUGAUGGCGUCGUCAAGACAACCUUCAAGGUAAGUCUCCUUCCUAACUAACCCUAGCAUAAGCCCUAGCCCUAACCCUAACCUAGCUCAACAAGGACCACACUGGGGAGUAGCAAACAGCUUGCAGACAUUCCAUUAGCUUUUUUCCCCAUUAUUUCCUUCACACUGGGAGCAGCAAACAAUAAGCAAGCAUUUAUAUUCAAAACUGGAAUGGAUACUCUGGUCCAUCUAAACCCAUCUCAUCCCAUCCUUUUCUUCCUAGAAGGACUUCCGAGGCAAGAACCCCUUGAAGAGUUUCCGCUACACUGGGGGGAGGAGCCGGGGGGGCAAAGCUGGCAAAUCCUAGGCCUCCAUGUCAACGUCCACCAAUCAGACUGCUGUGCACAGCUAGCCUAUGACAUCACCAGUUUCCAGAUCAGUUCAGAUGGAGAGGAGACAAACUGAGGAAGCCACUGUAGACUACUGAGAUGCAGCCGGAGUGUCCAACAACAGGGUGGUAUUCACUAGACCCCAAAUGGAAGAGAACUGACUGACACGGGGCGGGACUGCCUGAACUUUUCCAAUAAGAAACGCUUAUUUGAGUUUUGCUACGUCUUGAAACGGUGUGCACUAAUGAAUACAACCCAGGUUUGAGGAACCUACCAGCAGCACCAUUACUCCUCUAUCAGUGAACCAACAUCUGAGUUUCCAUUGUCUGAUUAGAAAACAUUCUGUGAACUCAACAUAAUGUGCCUUCCCUCAACACAACAGAU